AUGCGGCUGGGCGCUUUGCUGACCUUGGGCGUGACAUGGCCAUUGCUCUUCGCCACCCCCAAGCUCGGGCUCGUGAAGCGGGCGGUGGAGUCUGGAGAUGUGGAAAUCCUCCGCCCCUUGCCGCGAGACCUCCUGCUGCAGCUCCGGCAGGAGCUGCGGCACGAGCGGCGCUUCACGCUGGCAGACCGAGUCUUGGAGCUGCUGAGGCCGCAAUUGGAAGCGGAAGAGUUGUGGGUGGAAGACGGCCAGGACGGGCGCACCCGCCUGGUGCCGCACCCGCGUGCGCGGAAGGCCGCUGACGCGCAUGGUGCCUCAGCCAGCAAGGCUGCACGGCAAAGCGCACAGGAGGCGCUGCAGCGCUCGUUAUGGGCAGACACGGAGGAGGACGCGCGAGCAGCUGGCUUGGACGCCAGUAUGGGUGUGCGCGGCCACUUGAAGGAGCUGCCCUCGUGGGAUGAAGCAUUGAAGGGAAGGCAGGCAGCAGAUCUGGCCUUGUCCUUGUCAUUGGCGGGCUCUGAGGAUUUGCAGCUCUUUGAAGACCUAGCCUCCAUCUCCGAACGCGAGCUUCGUUCCCGGACCUGGCGAUCCUUGGUGAGUGUGCAACAGAUGAUCGAGCGCUUGGCAACAGCAGGAUAUCGACAGCAAGACUUCCCUGGACUCUUUGAAGCCGCUUUGUCCACCCUCGAGAGCUUGGGUUGUCGGCCCUCCUCUAACCUGCGUGACCUGCGUGCGGGGAACUUCUCGCUACACUCGCCACGGCCCUUGGUGUGGCUCUACCGGCACGCCACGCGCCAGGGCAGGCGCUGUAUUCCCCCAGCAUCCUCCAAAGUUCAUGAGGAGCUGGCAAGGUUGAACAACAGGUGCCCCCUGGUGCUCGAUUUGGGCUGCGGCUUUGGAGCGGCUGCUUUGGGACUUGCAGAUGAAUUCGCAGUGCUGGGCGUUGAUGCCUCGGCACACUGCAUUGGAUAUGCCAAGGCCCUUGCACAGCGGUGGCAGCUGGCAAAAAAAGUGAGCUUCGUGCAGUGCGCAGCAGAGGAGGCCUUGGCAGCUGCGAAGGACUUUGGAGGUGAGAUGGAGUGGAUCUUGAUCAGCUUCCCCACGCCCUUUGCCGCACCAGCGGACAGUCGCCUUUGUAUGGAGACGUUCACCAGCGGCAACAGUCAUUUGCCAGAGCAUGUGGACUCUGCCGAAUUUAUGGCCAAUGUCAAGAUGCUCGAAGAAGCAAGGCAGUGCUUGCUGACGCACGGUGGUGACGGGAAGCUUUUGAUUCAGAGCAACGUGGAGGACAUGGCCGUGACGUUGAGGGGGCUGGCUGAAGCCAACGGCUGGGAAGCUGUCACGGAUGGAUCUCUUGGUCCUGAAGUACACCAUGUUCAGGCUCCGGAGUGGCAAUCACGGCGCCAGAAGCAGUGGCAGCGCCACUCGGGACAUCGUGCAGCCGGCGCUGGCUGGACCGAGACAGAGGCUCACUACAUUGCAGAGUCCUUGCCAAUCCACCGCUUUGCCUUGCGUCCAGCCGCGGCGUUGAAUAUUUCGCCGUACGACACUUUGCCACCGGAGCUCUUCACCGUGGAGCCACACAAGGUGGCGCUCAUCACAGUUGAAGAAGAACGGCUGCUGAGGUUGCGUCAGAGCAGGAAGAACGAAAUGACUGCCCGGAAUAUGCCAAUGCUCCUGGAAGAUGACUAUACCUCACCUGAACGCGUGCGUCAGGAUUUGGAGCUCACGAAGGAACUACAGCAGCAGAAUUCACAUUGGCCAGAAGCAGUCGACAUGACGUACUUGUCCCCAGAGGAAAGCGCAUCGCUUCUCAUCCGCCAAGUCAAACAGGGCAAGGCGGCUAUGAGGCUUUCAGCCAAGUGA